AUGAGUACUUUAGAGGAAUUGGAUGUUGAAGACGGGCUGGACCAGGAGAUUCUGGGGCUUUCGGCGCAGGAGCUGCAGACGAGGAGCAAGCUGCUGGACAACGAGAUCCGUAUCUUCCGGUCUGAGUUGCAGCGGUUGUCGCACGAGAACAAUGUGAUGCUGGAGAAGAUCAAGGACAACAAGGAGAAGAUCAAGAACAACCGGAAGCUGCCAUACCUGGUGGCGAAUAUCGUUGAGGUCAUGGACAUGGAUGAGAUUGAGGACAAGGAGAACAGCGAGUCUGCGACGCAAGGUGGCAAUGUUAACCUGGACAACACGGCCAACGGGAAGGCCGCUGUGAUAAAGACCUCCUCGAGGCAGACGGUGUUCCUGCCCAUGGUUGGCCUGGUAGACCCCGACAAGCUGAAACCGAACGAUCUUGUGGGUGUGAACAAGGACUCGUACUUGAUCCUGGACACGCUGCCUUCGGAGUUCGACUCGCGUGUGAAGGCCAUGGAGGUCGACGAGAAGCCCACGGAGACUUACUCUGACGUCGGUGGUCUGGACAAGCAGAUCGAGGAGCUGGUAGAGGCCAUCGUGCUGCCAAUGAAGCGUGCCGACAAAUUCAAAGAACUGGGUAUAAGGGCACCAAAGGGUGCGCUGAUGUACGGUCCACCAGGUACCGGUAAGACCUUGUUAGCCCGUGCCUGUGCGGCUCAGACAAAUGCCACUUUCUUGAAACUGGCCGCCCCACAGCUGGUGCAGAUGUUCAUCGGUGAAGGUGCAAAAUUAGUCCGUGACGCGUUCGCCCUGGCAAAGGAGAAGGCGCCAGCUAUCAUCUUUAUCGAUGAACUGGACGCCAUCGGUACAAAACGUUUCGAUUCUGAAAAGUCGGGUGAUAGAGAAGUGCAAAGAACUAUGUUGGAGCUUUUGAACCAGCUGGAUGGUUUCAGUUCGGAUGACCGUGUCAAAGUGCUAGCAGCCACAAACAGAGUAGACGUGUUGGAUCCAGCGCUGCUGAGAUCCGGAAGACUGGAUAGAAAGAUCGAAUUCCCAUUACCAACAGAGGACUCAAGAGCCCAAAUUCUACAGAUCCAUUCCAGAAAAAUGACUACAGAUGAUGACAUCAACUGGCAAGAACUAGCAAGAUCUACAGACGAAUUCAACGGUGCUCAACUGAAAGCUGUCACCGUCGAAGCCGGUAUGCUAGCAUUAAGAAAUGGUCAAUCAUCGGUGAAACAUGAAGACUUUGUAGAGGCAAUUGGUGAAGUUCAAGCUAGAAAAUCAAAGUCUGUUUCCUUCUAUGCCUAG